AUGGGCCCGUGUAAGCAACCCAGCCCAAGGACCCAGACUGGCAGCGCCACCCUGCGCCUCCCUGUGCUGGCCCAUGGAAACAGUCCAGCCCGGCACGGGUCUGACUGUCGCCAGAGCCGCGACACCAAACAGAAGAGCAUAAAAGUAGUAAAAGCCGUGAAACACAGACCCAGCCUACACCACCACCCAGCAACGAACGUGGGACACGGUGUUGACCAGCAACCUACAGCACACAAAACCAGCGAUCUGCCACAGCACCGCUGGACAGCUCCCAACCAGUACCAGGAUAAAAUUAUUAAAAAUCAGGCAUUAAGGGCAAACUUCGCCAAGCAGCUCUUUAAUGUGUAUAGAACUGAUUCCAAGUUCUUAAUUUUCAAUAUAGUAAUAUGGUCCCACAAUGUGGAUGCAAAGAAUACUAGCACAGUCACAGAGUUCAUCCUUGUGGGCUUUGAGAAGAGCUCCCCUUACACACGGGCAUUCCUCUUCACCCUCUUCCUAGUCCUCUACAGCCUCGCCAUGGCCAUGAACGGCCUCAUCAUCUUCAUCACCUGGACAGACCCCAGGCUCAACAGCCCCAUGUACUUCUUCCUCGGCCACCUCUCUUUGCUGGAUGUCUGCUUCAUCACCACCACCAUCCCACAGAUGCUGGUCCACCUGCUGACCAGGAACCACACUGUCUUGUUCUCCUCCUGUUUGACUCAGAUGUAUCUGGUGUUUGGUGUGGGUGUGGCGGAGUGCAUCCUCUUGGCCUUCAUGGCCUAUGAUCGCUAUGUUGCUAUCUGCCACCCACUCAACUAUGCUCAGAUCAUGAGGCGGCAGGUCUGUGUCAGCCUGGUGAGUACUUCCUGGAUCUUUGGGAUGAUCAAUGGCAUCCUUCUUGAUUACAUGACAUUUCGAGGUCCAUUCUGCAGGGACAAUCACAUUGAGAACUUCUUCUGUGAGGCCCCCAUAGUGAUCGCCCUCUCCUGUGGAGACCCCCAGUUCAGUCUGAUGGUGAUCUUUGCUGAUGCAGUUGUGGUGCUGCUGAGCCCCAUGGUGCUCAUUGUCACCUCCUAUGCCCGCAUCCUGGCCUCCAUCCUCAGCAAAGCCUCCUCCUCAGGUCGGGGAAAGACCUUCUCCACGUGUGCCUCCCACCUGACUGUGGUCAUCUUUUUCUACACCUCGGCUAUGUUCUCUUACAUGAAUCCCCGCAGCACUCAUGGGCCUGACAAAGACAAGCCUUUCUCCCUCCUCUACACCAUCAUCACCCCUAUGUGCAACCCCAUCAUCUAUAGUUUCCGCAACAAGGAAAUGAAGGGGGCCAUGGGGAGAGCCCUCAAGAGAACUGGCCCAGCCCAGGCAGAAUCUGUCUAG